CCAUGUUCCCGCCGAGCGCGCUGCUCUGCUGCUAAGCGCCGCUGAAGCUGCGCACGAGCGCGGAGAGUGCAACAGAAGCGCGAGAGCCGAAAGCGGAGCGAAACGUCGUUCAGAAGCGCAGCUCGAGCGCCGCACGUAGACCGCGAGCAGGGAGGAGGGCGGGAAGGCCGCUUCAUCUCUUGUGCGUCUCUUCUUCCUCCUCUGGUGGGGGGACCCGUCAUCAUCACCGUGAGGAGGAAGGGCCCCCGCCGGCCCUGUAAUACGACGGCCAUGUCUCGGCUUUGCAGCGCGUGAGCGAGCGCCAGCGCGUCCCUCCGCUCUCCCUCGCUCCUUCCACCUCCACCACCUUCAUCUCCAUCCUCCUGCUCCUCCAUCCUCUGGACUCUCUCGGACGUGUAUAUGACGGACAGACGGUGUGGGGACAGUAAUGACAGCACGCUUCCGGUUGCCUGCUGGCAGAAGCUCCGAUGUGGGAGAGUCCGAAGUGGCCCGAGACAGACAGAGUGCGCAGCUGGUGUGUAACGUUUUGCUGCUGGACAACACAGUGCAAGCCUUCAGAGUUAAUAAGCAGGAUCAGGGUCAGAUCUUGCUGGACGUAGUCUUUGAACAUCUGCAGCUGACAGAGCGAGACUAUUUUGGACUUCAGCUUGCUGACGACUCCUCGGACAAUCAGAGGUGGCUGGAUCCAAACAAACCAAUAAGGAAACAACUGAAAAGGGUGGCUCCAAAUAAUUUAAGUUUUAGGGUGAAGUUUUUCGUAGGUGAUCCAAGCAAACUACAAGAGGAGUACACAAGGUACUUGUACUUUUUACAGUUGAAACAGGACAUCUUGAGUGGGAGGUUGCCGUGUCCACAGAAUGCAGCAGCUCUGCUGGCCUCUUAUGCCAUUCAGGCUGAGUUGGGGGACUACAGCCAGUCGGAGCACUUGCCUGGCUACCUCUCAGAGUACAGCUUCAUUCCUAACCCUCCAGAGGACUUCGAGAAGGAGGUUGCCAAACUGCACCAACAGCACAAUGGACUCUCUCCAGCUGAGUCGGAGUUUAACUACUUGAGGGCUGCCAGUUCGUUAGAGCUGUAUGGAGUGGAACUUCACUUUGCUCGGGACCAGACCACUGCUGAGGUCUACAUUGGCGUGAUGUCUGCUGGGAUCUCCAUUUAUAAGAACAGGGUACGGGUCAACCACUUUCCAUGGGUGAAAAUUGUAAAAAUCUCCUUUAAAUCGAAACAGUUUUUUAUUCAACUCCGAAAAGAAUCGAUUAAGAGCAGAGAGUCUCUGUUGGGCUUCAGCAUGGCGAACUACCGAGCAUGUAAGAACGUAUGGAAGGCCUGCGUAGAGCAUCACACUUUCUUCAGACUGGAGCGGCCCAUGCCACCGCAGAAGAGCUUCUUUGCACACUACUUCACCCUCGGCUCCAAGUUCCGCUACUGUGGGAGGACGGAAGCACAGUCUGUCCAGUACGGGAAAGAGCGAGGAGUCAAGGACAGAGUGUUCGCCAGGUCACCCAGCAAGCCCCUGGUUAGGAGACUGGUGAGUGGAAUGGACUGGGAGACGGUUAGCAGGAACUCGCUCUCAGAUGACCGACUGGAGACGCAGAGUUUACCCAACCGCUCUCCACCAGGAUCACCCAACCACAGUUCAAUUUUCACCCCGGAUGGCACUCGAGUGCGGCCGUCCUCCAUCGGCCACCUGGUAGAUCAUGUGAUCGAUGACUCACCAUGUCAAGCCUUUGCCAACCAUAAGUCUGCAUCUUCUACGCAAGCUAACAGCAUCAGUCUGGACUCCACCCCGUCCCCAGACAGCGCUGCAGAUGGCCAGCCACCCGCACUUCCCCCAAAGCAGUCCAGGAAGAACCUCGUGAGCCACAUCUCACAAUCACGGUCUGAAUCGGAGCUGGAUGACCAUGCAUCUGAACUAUAUGACGUGCCAGUGGUGUCGGACAAGAGCAUGCAGAAUGGUGCGGUUCCACAUGACAACCUUGUCCUGAUUAAAAUGAAACCAGAUGAAAAUGGACGUUUUGGAUUCAACGUCAAGGGUGGUGCUGAUCAAAGAAUGCCAAUCAUUGUGUCCCGUGUGGCUCCUGGAACUGCGGCUGACCUGUGCGUGCCACGUCUUAACGAGGGUGACCAGGUGGUGCUGAUCAAUGGGAGAGACAUCUCUGAUUACACACAUGAUGACGUGGUUAUGCUAAUCAAAGCCAGCUGCGAGAACCAAUCAGGAGAGCUCAUUCUUCUAGUCAGACCCAAUGCCAUCUAUGAUGUGGAUGAGGAGGAGGAGAAGCUGGAUUUGGAGUCGGAGUUCCAUUUCAUUCCAGAGAGCUGUGGGUUGGAUCGGUCCCACUCUGAGCCGGACGGCUGGAAAUCUUCCUUCCAGCUGCUGAGAGACGGCCUGAGCAGCGGUUCUGUGCUCGCUCAGUUCGACCAACUGUAUCGGAAAAGGCCCGGAAUGUCCAUGUCAUGUGCCAGGUUGCCCCAGAACAUCUCCAAAAAUCGCUAUCGAGACAUUUCACCCUAUGAUGCAACUCGAGUCGUCCUGAAGGGAGCAGAGGACUACAUCAAUGCAAAUUACAUCAAUAUGGAGAUCCCAGGGGGUGGUGGGGUGAGGCGCUAUAUUGCGUGUCAGGGGCCGCUACCUGGUACCUGCGGGGACUUCUGGCAGAUGGCUUGGGAGCAGAGUGCUGCCCUGGUGGUCAUGCUUACAACACAGGUGGAGCGUGGCAGGGUGAAGUGUCACCAGUACUGGCCAAAUGUGUCUGCGACCGGAAACUACGGCGGCUUUGAGGUGUCGUGCAUGUCUGAGGAGGGAAACCCGGCGUACCUGCUCCGAGCUCUGACGCUCACACAUCUGGAGAGUAAAGAGGAGAGGCAGCUGUGUCAGAUGCAGUACAUGGCUUGGCCUGACCACGGUGUCCCAGAUGACUCCACGGACUUCCUGAACUUUGUUAGUUUGGUGCGCAGCAAACGAGGCGACUCAGAGGAGCCUGUGGUGGUGCACUGCAGCGCUGGGAUUGGUCGGACUGGGGUUCUCAUCACCAUGGAGACAGCGAUGUGUCUGAUAGAGCGAAGCCAGUCUGUGUAUCCGUUAGACAUUGUACGAACCAUGAGAGACCAGCGGGCCAUGAUGAUUCAAACUCCAAGCCAGUACAGGUUUGUUUGCGAGGCCAUUCUGCGAGUGUAUGAUGAGGAGAUGGUGAAGCCGCUGGAGCCGCCGGAGCUGCCGGAGCUGCCGGAGCCACAAACCUGCGAACCAGAGGACUAAAGAGUUGCCCUUUGCCAGGCUCCUCUGCUGUACCACUACUGCCUGUGACAACUGCAGCCAGCUCUUCUUUGCCCCCUGCUGGAUGCCAGCGGAACUGAUGCCUGCAAACUGGAACACAGACGACAAAGCACUAUUUGCACUUUACGUUAACAAACAACGACUUAAGGGGAUUUACUAGAAAGACAAACGCAUCAGGUUAUUGCAUAAUCAUACAUUUAUAACAACGAUAAACGUUCAGGGUGGAAAAAAAAAACUUAAUGGAACAAAAGAUGAAAUGCUGACUUGCUGUAGUGCCAUACACUGAAAUGAGCCACAGUUCAAGCAGGAUGCAACUCACAAAAACUGCAUUUCCUGUUUUUAAGGCUAUUUAUGAUUUUCUUAUGUGUUUAAAGGGCCCUUGCCCUCCCCAUGCUCUCUAUCAGCCCAGUAAAUCUCUUGGUACUUGAAGCUGUCAAGUGUCUAAAAUCCUCCCUUGUGGAGUCCUGCGAAAGUACUCUGCAAGAAAUCUGAGUAUUCAGCUUUUGACAGUACUCUUUUUCUUCAUUCAACUUUUGAGGCCUCGAAAAACAAGACGGUACCUACUGCAUUGACAUGCACUGUUUUUCUCUCUAGAGCCCAUCGCGCAUCUAUCCAGGGCUUGAGCCAUUGUAAAACUGUUCAAUCCAUAUAAAGGUUUAGGCCAGCAGUUAGGAAUCCAGCUACUGUAUACAGUGUGAAAAAUUAAUGUGAAAAAAUAAUGUGCUGCUGUAAGUGUAACAUUUGCCUACAAGACACACCAGAUCAGGCCGAUUGCUCUGGCUUCCAGUUUUACCGUUUUUGGAGCACAUGGUUCAGACAUACAAUGCCUUUCAAUCUUCUAAUCCUUUAGCUCCCCACCCAGCUGUUGGAUUUCAUCACCUACUCGGUCAACAGGAACUUUUGCGGCUUCAGCAGUGGAUCUCUUGUUUGCUUGUGUAAAGAAAUUAUGGAGCCUUCUGCAUUUCAGCAUGUAAUUUCUGUUCAGCGUUCAGAUUGCUGAUGAAGAUGAGCUAGUCGUACCGGUUUUAUUUUCAUCUCUUAUUUGGAACCCCCCCACCCCCCCACGCUGCCCCAUAGCUUUGGCUUUUGUACUGACAAGUUUGUGCUUCAGAGCACUUCAGGCUUUCCAAGAGGGUACAUUGUUUUCUGCCAGUGCAUAAGUGUCUGAAAAGGUAGGCCAACUCCUGAUUUCACCUGCUAUGUUACAUCUGUACACCUGCCCUUUAACCUCUGCCUCUGCACUUGGCCAGCUCAAAUAAAGACUCUGCUUCAGGUAAAAGUGCUACAGGACCCACCCCUCUAUCUGGCUAAGGAAAAGGUGUCAAAGCCCUUUCCCCUGCACCUGGCCAACUGAGCUAAAGGUAGCAUAGGCAUAACUCUGUAUCUGGCCGACUAAAGUAAAAGGUGCUAUAGGCCUGACCUUGUAUCUGCUUCAGGUAAAGAUGCUAUAGGCCCCACCCAUUUACCUGUUUUAAUAAGAUAAAGAUAAUAUAGGUCCCACCCCUCUAUCUGGCUAAAGUAAAGGUGCUAAAAGCACUUUCCCUGCACCUGGCCAACUGAGAUAAAAGGUGGCAUAGGUCCCAAACCUUUACCUGUCCUAAUAAGGUAAAGUUACUAUAGGUCCUAUCCCUGUACCUGGCUAGAUAAGGUAAAGGUGCUAAAGGCCCUGCCCCCUUACCUGGCUAGCUAUGGUAAAGGUGCUAAAGGUCUCACCCCAUUCCCUGUCUAAGGUAAAGAUACUUAUAAGACCCACCCUUGUACCUGGCUAACAAAGGUAAAGGUGCUAAAGGCCCCACCUCUUUACCAGUCUAAGGCAAAGAUAUUUAAAGGUACCACUCCUUACCUGGCUGUUUAAGCUGCUAAGGUGCUAAAGGCCCCACACCUUUACCUGGCUAACCAAGGUUAAGGUGCUAUAGGCUAAACCUUGCACUUCCUUCAGGUGAAUGUGCCACAUAGACUCUGCCCCUGUAGCUACUUCAGGUAAAGGUGCUAUAUAAGCCCCACCCUAGUACCUGCUUCAGAUAAAGGCUCUCCCAGCCCUGUUCCUGUACCUGGGCAACCCAAAAGUAACUAUUGACUUUUUUCCUAGUUAACUAAAGGAAAUGUGCUGGAUGCCCCAUCCCUCUACCUGGUAAAGGUGUUGCACACUCUGCCCCUAUAUCCAGAUAUUUAGGGGUGGAAAGGUCUGCACUCUGCAGGCAGAGGCAGAUCCUCUUACCCAUAUUACUCAAAUCAACUUUUAAUGUCAUGGUUUAAUUUUUUGUAAAAUUCACCUCCACAUUGCUACUAAGUGUCUGACUGUAAAUGUGUAUUUUGGCUGUAUAGCUCUGUUGGGCCCAGAUGUUAUGUGUAUUACGCAAGAAAUUCACUUUGUCCUUAAUCUCCCUUUGAAGGAAUUGGAAAAAAUGAUGUGACCAACUACUGUUUACUUUAAAUUGAGCCCUUAACAAUCCUCUUUAGUCUUAUUUUAUCCAUCCUCCCUGCUCUGUAUUAACAAAGGCAUUCCACACUGUAUAAGGGGCUUGGCUUCCAGGACCAAUGCGUUUUUCACCCUAAUGAAUGUCCAUCAAGCCAAUACGCGAGCUUCCGUGUGUGUUGUGAUGACUCUUGAGCUAUAGAUUUGCUAUUGAUAUUGUGUUGGGACGAUGGUAUUUUUGUAUUUUAAAGAAAAAAAAAACAUGGAUGGCACUUUGCAGCUGACUGCAGUAGCCAGUCGUGCUACUUAUUCUUACUGUAGUUACGGAAGAUGGGAGUCAUGUUGAAAUUAUAUUUAUGUUGAAAAUUUGUUAAAUAGAGACACCUGUAGGGGAAACUCUUAACUACAUAGUGUCACCUGUUACAUAUUUGUAAAUAUGUUGUUAUAUAUUAAAAGUGUUCUGAAAAGAU